UGAAAGCUAAGCAAUUUUCUGUUUUUUUACAUAAAUUAUAAAAAUGCCGCACAAGCGCAAAACACGAUUUCAGUAUAAUCCAAAACAAGUAACACGUCGCGUGCAGCUAACAACAUCAGCGCCCAAUGUUUGCGUUAAACCCGACAAUGGUUCGCAUAUAGAGAACAUAAUGCCUGAACAGCGACCGGUGCAGCAAAGGGCGACUCCUCAGGCAGCUGGCAAUAAAUUUGCAGUGCCACAAUUUAACACAAUGAUACGCAGCCAGGCUGAGGUAGCCACAUUGCAGAAGAUGCGCGUUGCUGCAAGUGGCCCAGAAUUAACGCCACGCAGCAAGGCGGCCAUAGCGCCCAAGCUUACCCAAAAGAUGAACUUUCCACAAGCCCGUACAGUAUUCAGGGAUUUAAUACCAAUUAAUGUGAACGAUUCGCUGCGUGAAAUUGAGCGCCCCAGAAUUAUAAAAGCUAAGGAUCCCAGCAAAUCGAAUAUAGCGGAGCCCGUGCUGGCCGAUUAUGUGGAGAAAAUAGAGCAUGUGCAGCUCUUAAUGCCAGAACCGGAUCUAAUAAUGGAAUUUCCAGACGAAGAAUUUGAUUUUCUGCGUGCCUAUAGAAAAGUCUAUCGCUACAAAUAACAACAGAUACUUUUAAUGUUAAAUUAUACAUUUAAUCAUAGCGUAUAAAUGAAGAAUGGAUUGUAA